CAGAGGGUGGGCUACAAAGAAAAACAAAGUAGCGUCUUCUUAUCGGGUCUCAGGGUUCCUGAAUCAUCUAGGAAGUGUUUACUGUUAGAAUGAGGAUAAAGAGAUUUGUUUUGGCCUCUAGACCUGGAAAUGAUGGCAUACCAGUGGAUGAAAAUUUCCGACUGGAGGAAUUGGAUCUCACAGAGGAUCUCAAAGAAGGACAGGUCCUAGCUCGAACCUUGUAUAUUUCUGUUGAUCCUUAUCUGCGUUGCCGUAUGAAUGAAGACACUGGCACUGAUUACAUUCAGUCCUGGAAGAUCUCUGAGGUUGUUGACAGUGGUGGUAUUGGCGUUGUAGAAGAAAGUAAAACGGACCAGUACACUGCAGGGGAUUUGGUCACAAGUUUUAACUGGCCCUGGCAGACAAAAUGUAUUUUUGAUGGGAAAUCUUUACAAAAGCUAGACCCUCAACUUGUGGACGGGCACAUCUCACAUUUCUUAGGUGCAGUUGGCAUUGUUGGUCUGACUGCCUUACUUGGUGUGAAGGAGAAAGGACAUGUUACCCCAGGAACCAAUCAGACAAUGGUAGUUAGCGGUGCUGCUGGUGCUUGUGGCUCAUUGGCUGGCCAGAUUGGUCGCCUCUCUGGGUGCUCUCGGAUUGUGGGAAUCUGCGGAACAAACGAGAAGUGCUCAGUGUUAGUUUCAGAGAUGGGUUUUGAUAGUGCAAUGAACUACAAGGACAAAGAUCUGUCUGAGAACCUGAAGAAAAGCUGCCCAAAUGGAGUGGAUAUUUAUUUUGACAAUGUUGGGGGAGAAAUCAGUGAUAUAGUUAUCAGUCAGAUGAACAAAAACAGCCACAUCAUUUUGUGUGGGCAGAUAUCCCAGUACAAUAAGGAUGUACCUUAUCCACCACCUCUCAGUCCCCAGACAGAGUCUAUUCUGAAGCGCUACAACAUAACAAGGGACAGAUUUCUGGUGCUCAACUACUCAGACCAGCAUGAAUCAGGAAUUCUCCAGCUCAGCCAGUGGAUGAGGGAAGGCAAACUGAAGGUUCGGGAGACUGUUGUUCAUGGAAUAGAAAAUACAACAGGUGCUUUCCUCUCUAUGAUGACUGGAGGUAACAUUGGAAAACAAAUUGUACAGGUCUCUGAAUUAUGAUUUGUAAAUAAAUAAAACCUUCAUUGUUGA